AUGAAGUCGUCUGCAUCCAAUGCCGCCGGGUCUGACUUGCCCGAUAUCCACCAUCCUGCGAUAAUUUUGCCCUCUUCUCCAUCCUCUGGGCGGCAGUCACCAGAGGGCCGACGAGAGACCAUCUUGAGUCUCGUGGAGAUGCUGUUGCAACAAACCGAAGGCAAGGGUGAAGGAAAAAACCAAUUGCCCUCCUUCGAAGAUGAUAGGGACGUUCCGACUGUUGAUGAGCAUUUGCAAGUCGCUGGAGCGGAAGUAUUCCACAAACUUCAGAGAAGAAUAAACAAUCUCGACAAAGAGCUCCGCAACUUUGCAAAUGCUGCUCGCCAGCUGGGUAGUUCAGUGGCCAUCCUCUCAUCAGCCUUCCGCUUGCGCGAACGACUUGCUCAACUCCUUUUCCUAUACCACGAAAACGCCGCCGACCUAUUUCCUCGCAAGGUCAACCACGUUGCGCGUGACAUCAACGCGGAAUCUCCCACUGCAAGUCGAAGAAGAAAGUGGGGGCUGAAAAGACUGAAAGGAAAGGCGCAGCUGCAUGUACCACGACCCACCGUCUCGGAGAACCUCGACCCCGAAAUGUUUCCGAACCAGCUAGAAUUCCUCGCGGUAGAAGUCACAAUUUUUUUGAAAUGCUUAAACGAGUUUCCCGAAUUCACGGACGAGGCGGUCAAUGCUUCGAUUCUUUCGUUUGAAGGGGACCUCAAGUAUUGGGCAUCUUGGCAAUUCCGUUAUCCAGCAGUACAAAGAUAUAUCCACGAUCUUUCGACCGAAAUGGGGGAGCACAUCGACGAAUUAACCUCAUCUCUUUCAAUGUUCAUCGAAGUUGGCGUACCCACCAUCCGAUUCGCCCAAGAGCACGCCUCCAACAACCUGCUUAACUUAUCCACCGUCGCGACCUUCUUCUCUGCCGUUACGGCUACGACCAUGCAGUUUUCAUACGAGCUCGAGAAGAGCCCCGUAUCUGAUGCAGUAAAUUCUUUCUGGUUUGCGUCCCUCGUGUUCAGUAUCGCCGCCGCUGUGAACAGUCUGUUGGGGCUGACCUGGAAGCAGGCGAUGUACCGGUCUCCUGGACACCGUGUCCCUUGGUGGGUCAUGAUGUGGAUUAAACGCUCACCCCUGGUGUUCCUCGUGUUGUCUGUGGCAUGCUUUUCGAUUGGCCUGUGCUGCUUCGCCUACGCUUCGGAGCAGGCACACGUAACCUCAACUAUCACCACUGUCCUCACCGCGUUCACUUCCUUCGGCCUUGCGGCAGUCUCCGCUUGGUUUGCCUCGGAACGAUGGGCCUUCGCUCGCCACAAGGGCCAGAAAUGGCUUAGUGAUAUUCUUUCGGAUGCUGUGGACAGGUUUUUGCUCCUGUCUGGUGUCGCAUGGUCGCGAAGGACUUGGCGGAUCGUCAUGCUGCAGUGCAAGAAGUUCCUCCGAUUGUUCCUCCGUGCGUAUGCCUUAUGCAUCACUGCCUGCGUUGGCUGCUGGAGGCGCUCGGAUGUCGAGGAUGAUUUGGAGGCUAGUGGCUUGCCGACGAGCAUGACUUACGAGCCAAAAGAUUCGAGCAGCCCGUCGAGGCACCGGCCCUCAGAUGCUACUGCUGUCACCCACACCAAUGAACCGAGCUCGCCUCUUGUGCCGCAAACGCCAGUGAAUUCACCCACUGAGAAAGACACGCCUCCCGCCCCGCCUCCUAUCACACCGCCGCCUCCGCCCAGCGUCGGUAAGCAGCUAUGGAGGAACGCCAUGCGCAACGUCAAGAUGCAGAGUGCGCUUACAUCUGCCCCAGCAGCUGAUGCUGGAACCUCCCCACCGCCCUCAACCAUCAUAAGUAAGCCACGUGGUAUUCCUGUUCGGAAGCGGACGACGUCCUCCGGAGUCGAGCUCGGGCUCGGUAUGGGGAUGUUGGGUAAGAAGAACUCGACGAGUACAGGAGCGGAGCCAGUUGCAUUUACGCGCUCCAGGGUGGGGACAAUAAUGCCGAAAUUAAUGGAGCUGGAGGCUACGCACGACUUGGCAGCCCAUAAUGCGCUCGUGAGGCAUAUGCAGUUCUCGCCAGAUGGGAAGUAUUUGGCUACGUCGAGCUGGGAUAAAACAGCAAUGACCUUUAAAGUCGGGCACCCAUUCACUUCCCACCGAACUCUGGCGCAUGCACAAGGUUUCAUCGGCCAGGUUGCCUGGUCUCCAAACGGCAACAUCCUCCUAACGAAAAUGGCCAGAGGGAUCAAAGUCUGGACAGCAGAGGAUGGCGUCUGCAAAAAGACCAUCAAUAGGAACACCUCGGUCGAGGCGAUAACUUGGUGUCCAUCCGGCGAUGCCUUCCUGUCCAUCGAAGAUUCCUCAGUGACUAAGUUGGAUUUGACCGGCAAAGUUUUGGAUCAGUACGAGUUUGGCAACAUGAAACUGCACGACGUGGCCAUUACGCCCGAUUCCGUACGGCUGCUUGGAGUUGGCCCACUGCUACGCUCUCCAACCGGCUUGCAGCCUAGUAAAUCGCGAGUGGAGAAACGGAUUAUCGUGUACAAUACGGAUACGAAACAAAUCGAAAGUCUUACACCUGUUCUUGAGGAUGUGAGGGAUAUUACGCUUGCUCAAUCCGGAAGGAGUGGUCUGGUCGCUCUGGUCAGCUACGAACACAAGGCCCCGCCUCAGCUCUGGAAGCUCGAACUGGUAAAGGACAGGGAUACGAAUACGGUUGUCACGUCAAAACUUGUACUACGCCACACAUACAUGCCAAAGGUGCCAGUCGACUUCGCCGGUCCAAGUUACUUUGGAGGAAAGAACAACGAAUUGGUGCUGUGCGCAGGCAAAGCUGGAGACAUUCAUAUCUGGGACCAAGAAUCUGGUGCCCUUGUCCACUCUAUUCGAGCUCAAGCACACGGUGGUGAUUUGACAUGUGUUGCCUGGAACCACGCCGCCGAAGAUCCUUUCAUGUUCGCUGCUGGCAGCCACGAUGGUGGUGUGCGGAUCUGGACACGCCACCCCGACGACUAUCACGAAGGAGAGCCUACGCCCACGAACGUGACCGAAUUUGCCCUGAGGCAUUCUCCUUAUCACGGAGAGCUCAACUUGUCCAGCAGUUCGCUCUCCUUAGAGGAUUUCCAAUCAGGCGUUACGCAAGAUAGUUCUCCGGAGAACCGAUCUGUGAUGUUUGGAAGCCAGACGCGCCUCUGGAGCGAGCCCUCAAGCUCAUGA